UUACUGAGGAGUUGGCAACAUUGGCCCCGGUAUUGACGGAGGAGCGACGCGCGUUAGCUACAUGUUAUUCCUGUGUGCUUUCUUGUCUGUUUGCAAGGGUUACUACGGAACAGUGAGUCAAUAACGGCUUUAUUGUUUGAGUCUAUAUUUCGCCAUGAUAUAAAACAUGUCUAUGUUGUGUGCUAACACUUUUUGGUUAACUAGCUAGCUCUAUGCAAAGGGUUUGAAAACGUGUGCGCUAGCUAGUACUGUGUAGCUAGCUAGCACGCUUGUUGACAUGCCCGCGCUAAGACUGAGCGUCAGUAAAACAUAGCUGGCAAGUUAUCUACAAAAUUGGGCCCCAGUCGAUCGGAUCAAAAUGAUUAUCCCGGUCCGGUGCUUCACCUGUGGGAAAAUCGUUGGGAAUAAAUGGGAGGCGUACCUUGGCCUCCUUCAAGCUGAAUACACUGAAGGUGAUGCCCUUGAUGCUCUUGGUCUGAAGAGGUAUUGCUGUCGGAGGAUGCUGCUGGCUCAUGUAGACCUCAUUGAGAAGUUGCUGAAUUAUGCACCCCUGGAGAAAUGAUGGAUACAACAACCACAAGAAUCAUAUGGCUUAUUUAUGGACAAGCCCUGGCUGACUGCCAGUGAGGCAGUGCACCCUGAUGGAUUGACAUCCUCGAGACUUUUCACACCUUGUUUGAAUCGUACAUGUUUUUUGUUGUUGAAUAAAGCAAUAAAUACUACUCAUUUAUAAUAA